UGGGAAUUUCACUCAGCAGUUCCUGCAGCCUUUCUGGUAAUGCAGCUCACCAUCCUUCUCCACAGACACAGACCUGACCUUGUGUUUCAGUGUGCAGAUAGUACCUUCCCCUCUGAGCUCUCUUCAGUCCAAGAUCUAAACUAAAGCGUCACCCUUAAGACAGGUAACACUUAACAGUAACACUUCAAGCACAUGGAACUCUUCAGCCUUCAAGGCAGUUUGUCAGUCUGGUUGGUAGGAAGAGCAAAUAGUCCCAAGGACAGCUGAAGAAGUGCCAUAUACUCUGUAAAAAAUUGUGUAACAGAAGCUAUGAACUUUCAGUAAGGACAAGGACAGUUUUCCAGUAAUGAUUUCUGUGUUGGGAGUCCUGGUGGGGAUUUCCCAACCAUAGGUAUCCUUUCCAGUUUCCUCUUUUGAGGGGUUUGAAUUGCUUAUAAAUACCCUCUCUGAGUCUGAGAGCACACAAGACGACCUCCAUCUCCUUUGGCUUUGCCGUUCUGCAGUGCUCCCUGUCAGGCUUGGCCAGGAACCAUGAGGCUCUGGAUCUGCAUCGCAUUGCUCUGCACUGUUCUGUGCGCAAGUGCUGAGAGACCAGCGGUAGUCCAAGGAAUGAUCCGAGCUGGACAAUUUGUCCGGGAUGCAGUGGGAGGGGCAAAGGAUAUGUACAGAGCAUACAAGGACAUGCGUGAGGCAAAUUACAAAGGAGCUGACAAGUAUUUCCAUGCCCGUGGGAAUUAUGAUGCUGCCCGGAGAGGACCUGGGGGUGCUUGGGCAGCGAGAGUGAUCAGCGACGCCCGGGAGAACUGGCAGAGCGGCGUGAGCGGCAGAGGCGCCGAGGAUACUCGGGCGGACCAGGAGGCGAACGCGUGGGGCCGGAGCGGCGGGGACCCGAACCGCUACCGUCCCAAGGGGCUGCCCAGCAAGUACUAGCGCUGUACUGCGCUCCUGUCACACCUCCCUUUGUACAGCUGAAUAAAGAAAUCCUCCUGAGAA